AGUAGAGGCAGGAACCAUUCAAACGUCUCAUGUGGUUUCAUGUCGGAAGAGUAAUGCUGCUGCGCCGUCCUUCACUACAAGACGUACCGGCUUAAUGUUUUGAUGCAAGAGGCAGACGAUGGAGUUAUCUUGAGGUUGUGACUCUGGAGGGUCUGAACAGCUCAAACAUGCUGUCAGGACUUGUUGCUGCUGCCUCCCACUCUCUGAAGUGGACAUUACCUCACUGGAAAGCCACUCUUCACAGAACUUACAGCCCAUCAAAGCCAGGGCAAUGGCUACUGGGAACUGUGGUUCAAAGAGGGGCUCAUAGAUGGACUACAGCACCAUCUUCGAGGAUAAACCAGAAGCCAGUGUUUACCAGAGCGCCAGCAUUUGGAGAUAAGCUUGCAAUCAUAGACAGCAGUGGCAGCCACAGCUACAAGCAGCUAUAUCGCAGCAGCUUAGGUCUUGCAGGUAGAAUCAGCACAGCUCUCACCUCUGACUUUGGGGGUCUGGAAGGAAAACGAAUCUCCUUCCUGUGUGCUAAUGAUGCUUCCUAUACAGUGGCACAGUGGGCGGCUUGGAUGAGUGGUGGGACGGCAGUGCCACUCUACCGAAAACACCCUGAAUGUGAGCUGGAGUACAUCAUCUCUGACUCCCAGAGUUCACUGCUGGUGGCGGGGCAUCCCUACGCCGAAACACUCGAGCCACUGGCACAGAAGCUGGGGCUGCCAUGCCUGACGCUGCCCCCUGCUUCUAACCUGGGCACUUUAGAUGGGGCAGACACCCAAGAGACGGAGACAGGAGACAUCACAGACUGGGCUGAUCGACCAGCUAUGAUCAUAUACACCAGUGGUACCACAGGGAGACCCAAGGGAGUCCUACAUACACACAACAGCAUCCAAGCCAUGGUCCAGUGUCUGGUCUCAGAGUGGGCGUGGUCCAGAGAUGACGUCAUCCUCCACACCUUGCCGCUCCACCACGUGCAUGGCAUCGUUAACAAGCUCCUGUGCCCGCUCUGGGUGGGCGCCACCUCCGUCAUGCUACCUGAAUUUCAGCCCCAAAAGGUGUGGGAGAUGCUGUUGAGCUCCAAGGCGCCCCUGGUUAAUGUCUUCAUGGCUGUGCCAACUAUCUACUCUAAGCUGAUCCACUACUAUGAUCAGCACUUCACACAGCCUCACGUCAAGGACUUUGUCAAAGCGGUCUGCAAAGAGAGGAUCAGGCUGAUGGUUUCAGGCUCCGCUGCUCUCCCUCUCCCCACUCUGCACCGCUGGGAGGAGAUUACAGGACACACACUGCUGGAACGCUACGGCAUGACUGAGAUCGGCAUGGCACUGUCCAACCCUCUCAAGGGCCCACGCAUCCCAGGGGCUGUAGGGAUGCCACUUCCCAGUGUCGAAGUACGGAUUGUCAUGAAUAACACAACCAACACCACAAUUGUGGAGGGCAAUCACCGCGAGACUCAGGUACGUCCAGGUCUGGAGGGUAAAGACGGGGAGCUCUUAGUUCGAGGUCCGUCCGUCUUUAAGGAGUACUGGAACAAACCUCAGGAGACCAGAGAGUCCUUCACUGAUGACGGCUGGUUCAAAACAGGAGACACCGCGGUCUUUAAAGACGGUGUGUAUUGGAUCUUGGGCCGCAGCAGUGUGGACAUCAUCAAGAGUGGUGGCUACAAGAUCAGUGCACUCGAGGUGGAGCGUCACCUACUGGCUCAUCCAGACAUCAUAGAUGUGGCUGUGAUCGGGGCCCCAGAUGCCACAUGGGGUCAGAAAGUCACUGCAGUGGUGCAGCUGAAGAACGGGCAGAGUAUGACCCUGCCAGAGCUGAAGACCUGGGCAAGGGAGCACAUGGCGUCCUACACCAUCCCCACAGGCCUGCUGCUGGUGGAGGAGAUGCCAAGGAAUCAGAUGGGCAAGGUCAACAAGAAGGACCUCCUGCGACACUUCUUCCCAUGACUGGACCGUCUCGUUGACAACAUACAGGUUCCUGGAAGAACCGCAGAUCUGUGGUUACACAGGUGUGAUGAGAGCCUGAAGGCGAAUUCUCCAGCAAGGCACAACACCACAGCUGGAUGCCCCGCACUCCAUCUGACUAACCCUCUCGCUCCGCUCGCUCUUCUCACCUCUCAUCCUUUCUCAUCGCCGUUCCUCCAAUACUUCACCUCUUCUGUCUUCAUCACAAGUCAAAACAGAUUGCGGUGGCACCGGGACCAACUUGACUGUGAAGACUCCUUUUGAAUGAGCCCUGGCGUGUUGCCAGAAUAGGCAGAGAGUGUGCGAGGAGAUGAAAGAAAAAAAAAGGCACAGAGAGAGGAGCAGAAAUAUGAAGCAGGACUGUCGGAGAGAUCGGAGCUGUAACAAGAGCUGGCUCAAGAAAGUUGAUAGAAGAGAGACAGAAAUGAAGAAAGUCAGCGUAGGGUUUUGAACAAGUGAUAUGCAAAGGAUUUGGAGAGAAAAAAGGCACUAAAAUUCGUUUGAGAUAAACAGUCGUGAUGAACAGCCAGAGAAUUGAAGAUGGAAAGAAACACAAGUGCAACCCCCAGCCGAUACAACCUCCUGUCCACACACACAUACACACUCUUGUCCGCCCACAGUCACCAGAGACCUGAUUAAGAGAGCAGAGCUAUCGAUCUGUGGGCUGGCAGGCUAGGAUGGAUGAGCAGGCAGGGCUGCAGGAGCACCAGAGGACAGCUUCAGUGCCCCCAAAUCCCCCCGCCGCCCCACCCAACCACCCACGCCAGACCUGGGAGUCGGCCAGGGCCACGGGCGGGAAGGCUGGAGCUGCCACGCCGAGGCUGCAGCUAGGGUCAAACAGAAAACUGAAGAGUGUAGAGCUGUUGUGCAGUAAUAGAUGGACUCUACUGUAGGUGUAUGCGUGUGUUUAAGGGGGCACUCAGGACAGGUUCCAGUGCCUCCCUGGUGCACGAGGCUGGUGGAUAUUCCCCGGACUCAAGCUUGAUGGAGUACUCGUGCCCUUGAACUACAUCCACCUCCCUCUCUCAAACACACACACACAUUCAAACACUCCCUGCCUGUGUUUGCUGGAGCAUGGUGGAAGAGGUUGUCUGCAGAUGGCUGCUUAUUGGGCCCCAGGGUCCUGGAGGGUGGGUUAUGGGGGACACCGGUGAGGUUGUGUAUGUGUUGGAGACACAUGGAGAGAUUGGAUUGAAUGGCAAAGGUUUAAAAGAAGCAGGUGAUGUUAUAAAAAAGAUGACGGGGGGGGGACUUUAUAUUGUCAUCUUGUUUUGGUGUCUUUUUACUUUGUCACAGUUUCACUUUUAAUGUAAGCCUGCCUGCACGAUGAUAUUUAUUUACUUUUCAAGACUAGUUUAGCUUCCUGUUGAGACGACGGACACAUUAGGUUAUAACAGGAGUCAGCUGGCGUCACGAGCUAACAGAGGAUUGAAACAGUAUUACAUUUCAAAGUGAGAUUUUUUAUUACAUCGAGCACACUGAUUGAAUGCCAGCUCAUUCAAUCAUUGAUUCAUUUUCUCCACUCGCUUUUCAGAGUGGUAUCCCAGCAUACACCUGGUUGAAGGCAGACAGAAAAGCCUGACAGUGUGCAACUUUGUCUCAGGGCUGACAGAGACCAUAUGGGCAGUCAAUUAGGUUGUUACAAACAGAACAAAGUACACAAGGACAGGUAUGAUCUAUAUCCAUAUCCAUAUUUUCUGAACAAAAGUUACAAAGUACUUCAGAAUAAAAGCAAUUAAAGAGCAACAGCUGAUCUCCAGUGGUUUAACCUCCAGGGUGUCAGUACACGGUGACAUCACUGUUGGGUGUGCAACAGAACCCCUCUGACCACACCCAGGAGUGAUACUGCUGAAAUAGUAUGACAUUUUAGGGAAUAGUCUCAUUUGCCUACUUACCAAGAAUGGUAUCAAUCUUCUCAUCUAAUCGGAUUAUUUAAAUACCAAGUAGUGAACAAUUCCAAGUUUAGAGGCAUAGACAGCCUCUGGAAAACCCGGUUAGCCGACCGAGAGUCUUAGGGUGCUUUCACAAGCCAACAUUUAGCCCGUUUCAAUGUAACUCUGUUGAACACAGGUAAACAACAGGUCAACAUGAGUACGAGAGGACUGACCUGGAUUCCUGUAGAGGUCCGAUGUUUGCGUGACAUCUGGGCCAAAGAGAACAAACAGGAUAGAUGAUUAAAGUCCACAAAAGUAAUGACGUUUAUAAAAUCAUUCGAGAUUACCUGGAGAACAAGACUCGGCCACAACCGAGUAUAUGGCUGUUAUACAGAUAGUCAGUGGUCUGUUUAUACUUUCAAAUACAGCGGUGCAUGUCCACCAGGUCCAGCGAGGACACUAGUGGACACACUGCUCCACUCAACUGGGCGUUCAAGCGGUUGCAUACCCUAUCGUUGAAUGCACCUGAUUGGUCCCUGGUUUUCUGCUUGCCGUUUCAAACGGGA